UAACAGAAAAACAUUCAAAAUUAAGUCAAUUACUACAACUAUAAUUAAGUCUUCUAAAACAUUUUAUACAAAACAAAUUAACAUGGUUAAGUCCAUGAGCUAUUGCAUUGUUCUAGUUGUGCUCUUAGCACUUUCCCCUCUAUGCUUCUGUCACAAAGUAGUCCAAGGUGGCUACCUAUACCCUCAGUUUUACGACCACUCGUGCCCACAAGCGCAACAGAUUGUCAAAUCUGUUGUCGCUCAGGCGGUUUCGAGGGAUCGUAGGAUGGCUGCUUCCUUGCUUAGGCUCCAUUUUCACGACUGCUUCGUUAAGGGAUGUGAUGCGUCAGUGCUGUUAGACAACAGUGGAAGCAUAGUCUCAGAGAAGGGGUCAAAGCCUAAUAAGAACUCGAUUCGAGGGUUUGAGGUAAUCGACGAGAUCAAGGCCGAGUUGGAGAGAGCGUGCCCCCAUACUGUCUCUUGUGCUGAUAUCCUUGCUAUAGCGGCCAGAGAUUCAACUGUCAUUUCUGGUGGACCAAAUUGGGAAGUGCCCCUAGGAAGAAAGGAUUCAAGAGGAGCAAGUUUGAGUGGAUCUAACAAUGAUAUUCCUGCUCCUAACAACACAUUUAACACCAUUCUUACCAAGUUUAAACGCCAAGGCCUCAACCUCGUUGAUCUUGUAGCUCUUUCAGGUGCUCACACAAUAGGAAACGCAAGGUGUGUCAGCUUCAAACAAAGACUAUACAACCAAAACCAAAACGGGCAACCCGACCCAACCCUUAACGCACUUUACGCUUCACAGUUGCGCAACCAAUGCCCACGUUCAGGUGGCGAUCAAAACCUGUUUUUCUUAGACCAUGAAUCACCCUUCAAUUUCGACAACAGUUACUACAGAAACAUAUUGGCUAACAAAGGGUUGCUGAAUUCUGACCAAGUUUUGUUGACCAAGAAUCAUAAAUCCAUGAAACUUGUGAAGCAAUAUGCUGAAAAUGUGGAGUUGUUUUUUGAUCAUUUUGCUAAAUCGGUUGUUAAGAUGGGUAAUAUCUCACCAUUGACAGGGAUGAAGGGAGAAAUUAGGGCAAAUUGCAGAAGGAUUAAUGCUUACUAGGUUUUAACAUGAUAAAGAUCAUGUCAUGUGUGUUUACUCUGUUUUUUUCUCUGUUUUUGUUGUUUGAGUUGAAAUUUAAGUGUAAUUAAUUUUGUAAGUUUUUGUGUUUGGGUUUUACGUUUUGUACAAGGAGUUUGAUAAUAUGUGUGUUUGGAGCUAUUUAUUGCUGCCCUGUGGCAAGCCUGUAAAUCAGUCAUUCUAAAUGAAAUAAAUUGAUUUGUUCAUCA